AGAGCCUCUGGUCGGCGCGCUGCUGCGGACAAACGCCCGACCAACUUCUUCUUUACUCACCCAGUCACCACCAAACAUAAACAAUGGCGGAGCGAAGGAAACACACCGAGUUGGAAUUUGACGGCGCCCAGCUAUAGAGCAAGUAGUAAAGCCGAGUGAAUUUCCAAUGGACGGGCACCGGAGGUACCACGAAAUGGAAAACCCGACCGAGAACCCAAGCAAAGCGGCGGAGUAUCUAAAGGAGCUCAAUAAAAUAAUCGAGACACAACAGGAGCUGCUGGAAAAGCAAAAGAACAGGAUUGAAGAGCUUGAGCAGCAAGUGGCCGAUCUAUGCAAGGAAAACGCCUGUCUGAAAGACCAACACCAGCGGCACCUGGCUACUUGUAGACUGCAACAAGGCAAUUGUCAUCCCACGUUGGGAGCAAUCAAGGAAAAUGUGCUACAGGAAAAGUCUGAAUGUGAAAGCUCACGAGGUGUCAGGCGGCACGCUUCUUUACCUAUCGAAGUCACAGAAAGCCCCGGCAACCUUAUUACUCCACUGUGUAGAAGAACAUACCCCUGUCGUCAAUGGAAGUCUGCAUCAUUUGGCGUGGAAGGUGAUGCUCCAGGAGCUGAGACAGGCCCCUCUCUGGACAGCGCCGCUGGCUACGGUCGAGGCCCCGUGACCCACAGCUCUGUCCUCAGUCCAGAGCACUUUGACGCCCCACUCUACGGACACCCGGCUCUGCCCGGUUCACAGCGCCCGCGGCGCCCCAAGCUGCAGCACUCCCAGUCUAUCCUGCGCAAACAGGCUGAGGAGGAAGCCAUCAAGCGCUCGCGCUCGCUCUCCGAGAGCUAUGAGCUCUCCACCGACCUCCAGGACAAGCAGGUGGAGAUGCUAGAGCGUAAAUAUGGGGGACGUUUCAUAACCCGACAUGCAGCUCGCACCAUCCAAACAGCAUUCCGCCAGUAUCAGAUGAACAAGAAUUUUGAGCGGCUCAGGAGCUCUAUGUCGGAGAAUCGCAUGUCCAGACGCAUCGUCCUGUCCAAUAUGAGAAUGCAGUUUUCCUUUGAAGGACCUGAAAAAGUCCACAGCUCUUACUUCGAGGGCAAGCAGGUCUCCCUGACUGAUGACGGCACCAAGCUCGGGGCGCUGGUGCAGUCCGAGUGCGGGGACAUGGGAGUCCCCGCCAACAUGAAGUCCCCCGCGGCACAGAACGACUUUACUGAUGCCAUCACGGAGCUAGAGGAUGCUUUCUCCAGGCAAGUGAAGUCUUUGGCAGAGUCCAUAGACGAUGCCCUGAACUGCCGCAGCUUGCACGGCGAUGAGGGCCAGCCCGAGCCUGCCAGGGGUCACCCGGACAUGGAGAGGGAGGUGGCUUACCAAGGGAAGCCCUCCCACAGUGGGGACCACCGCAAGCUGGAUGAGAUGACGGCCUCCUACAGCGAUGUGACUCUCUACAUUGAUGAGGAGGAGCUCUCCCCUCCCCUCCCUCUGUCCCAGUCCGUGGACCGGCCCUCCAGCACCGAGUCGGACCUGCGUCUCCGCUCUCUGAACUCCUCCCAGGAGUACUGGUCUAUGGCUCACAAGGAUGAUAAGGGGGACACGGACACCAGCUGCCGCAGCACGCCGUCACUGGAGUGCCAGGAACAGAGGCUCAGAGUGGACCACUUGCCCCUGUUGACCAUCGAACCACCCAGUGACAGCUCGGUGGAGCUGAGCGACCGCUCAGACAGAGGGUCGCUAAAAAGGCAGAACGCCUACGACAGGGGCAUUGCCAGUCAGCAGGGCAGUCCCAAACACAUCUCUCAUGGACCUCCACCACGGGGCCCGUCCCGGGAUGAGGAGCCCACCAGGCACAGGCCCCGGCAGCUGGAAAGCCACCUCGCCAUCAACGGAACUGCCAACAGGCAGAGCAAAUCUGAGUCUGACUUCUCGGACGGGGACAAUGACAGCAUCAAUAGCACUUCUAACUCCAAUGACACAAUAAACUGCAGCUCGGAGUCCUCAUCCAGGGACAGCCUGAGAGAACAAACCUUGAGCAAGCAGACCUACCACAAGGAGACUCGUAACAGCUGGGACUCACCCGCCUUCAGCAAUGACAUCAUCCGCAAGAGGCACUACAGAAUCGGCCUCAACCUCUUCAACAAGAAGCCAGAAAAGGGAAUCCAGUACCUGAUUGAGAGAGGGUUCGUCCCGGACACUCCCGUGGGUGUGGCCCACUUUCUGCUCCAGAGGAAGGGCCUGAGUCGGCAGAUGAUUGGAGAGUUUCUGGGUAACCGUCAGAAACAGUUCAACAGGGACGUCCUGGACUGUGUUGUGGAUGAGAUGGACUUCUCAGGAAUGGAGCUGGAUGAAGCACUUAGAAAGUUCCAGGCCCAUAUCAGAGUCCAGGGAGAGGCCCAGAAGGUGGAGAGGCUCAUUGAAGCCUACAGCCAGCGCUAUUGUAUCUGUAACCCUGGAGUGGUACGGCAGUUCAGGAACCCAGACACCAUCUUCAUCCUUGCCUUUGCCAUCAUCCUCCUCAACACGGACAUGUACAGCCCCAAUGUCAAGCCAGAGCGCAAGAUGAAGCUGGAGGACUUUGUGAAGAACCUUAGGGGGGUAGACGAUGGAGAAGACAUCCCCCGGGAGAUGCUGAUUGGGAUUUAUGAGAGGAUCCGCAAGCGAGAGCUGAAGACCAAUGAGGACCACGUGUCCCAGGUGCAGAAGGUGGAGAAGCUUAUUGUGGGGAAGAAGCCGAUCGGAUCCCUGCACCACGGACUGGGUUGUGUGCUGUCGCUGCCCCAUCGCAGACUGGUGUGCUACUGCAGACUGUUUGAGGUCCCCGACCCCAACAAGCCUCAGAAACUGGGCCUGCAUCAGCGCGAGAUCUUUCUCUUCAACGACCUGCUGGUGGUCACAAAGAUUUUCCAGAAGAAGAAGAACUCGGUGACGUACAGCUUCAGGCAGUCCUUCUCUCUGUAUGGGAUGCAAGUGCUCCUCUUUGAGAAUCAGUAUUACCCCAAUGGAGUCAGGCUUACAUCAGCCAUUCCAGGUGCAGACAUCAAAGUCCUCAUCAACUUCAACGCCCCCAAUCCCCAGGAUCGCAAGAAAUUUACAGAUGACCUGCGGGAAUCCAUCGCUGAAGUCCAGGAAAUGGAGAAGUACAGGAUAGAGUCGGAGCUGGAGAAGCAGAAAGGCGUGGUCCGGGCCAGCAUGUCCCAGAGCUCCGGCCUUAAGAAGGAGGCAGGAAACGGGAACCUGAGCCGCGCCAGUCUAGACGACAGCUACGCCAUGGGGGAGGGGCUGAAGAGGAGUGCCCUCAGCAGCUCGCUGCGGGACCUCUCUGAUGCAGGCAAGCGUGGCCGGCGCAGCAGUGCAGGAUCACUAGACAGCAAUAUGGAAGGGUCCAUCAUUAGCAGUCCCCACAUGCGCCGGAGAGCCACCUCCACCCGCGAGUGCCCGUCGCGGGGCCACCAGUCCAUCCCCAACUCCUCCUCGCUCCUGGGAACGCUCUUCGGCAGCAAGCGGGGAAAGUCACCCGCGCCCCCGCCCCAGCCCCAGCACCCUACCCUGAUCUCUCACACGCCACACCCCUCCACGCUGCACCACACUGCCCAGGUGGAGACCCAGACCCAGGCGCAGAUGCACAGCCAUCACACCCAGUACUGCCACGUUCAGCAGAACCCCCCACCCUACCACCACCACCAUCACUACCACCCCCCUGCUCACGUCCAGCACCCCCCUCACCAGUACCACCAACCGUCCUCCCACGGCCAGCAGCCGCCCUAUGCCCCGCACCCCCACACGCAGCACAGCCACAGCGCCCACUCCCAGCAUUCCUCCCACUCCCAGCAUGCACCUCACCACCACGGCCAGCAGCCAGCCCCCGCCCCUUUGCCCAGCAGCACCAAGCCCAAGCACAGCGGCAUUAGUACCAUUGUGUAAGGCCAGAUGGAAAGAGGGGAACGGCAAAGCACUCCGUUGAGACAGUUGACGGCAGGGCCACAGACGGUGGUGGUGGCGAGAGCGCUCUCUUGCAGGUGGGGCAGCCCUGUUGGCUGCCAACUCAGACGCAGUUGGGAACAAAGAGAGAAGGAAACAAAAAUGACUCAGUACUUCCAUUUUCCUCAGAGCCUUUCUCCUCCAAGAAGAGAAUAUCACACUGGACAUCACUGGCUUCCUCUACCAGGGUAUCGGAGGCAUUUUACUGCAUCUUCAUCUAAUGCCUUCGCAGCAGAGUCCGCAUCAUUUCGAAUUCACAGAAUUAAUGGAAUAACUGCUAGAAUUCACUAGGUUGCUCUUGUAGUUACUGUACCUGUUUACAAAUACAGUAGAGGUCUGUCUCCCCUUUAGUAAAUGUGACAGACAGUUAGGCAGAGGCAUGAAAAAAGACCAUGGCAAAUUGUAAAUGGGCUUCAUAAUUCAGUAGCCUGCUUACUGGUGUUUGCAUAAGCAAAUUACUUUUCUCAAAAAAUUCCGGCAAUGUACACAUUGGUCGCUGCAGAAAAAUUUAACCUUGUACAAGACUGGUGUAAUUUAAGAAUGGCGAGACCAACAGACAAGAGUUAACCACAGAAAAAUAUCAGUAACAAAAGUAGUUGUUCCAGUAUUUACUGUAGCUGUAGGUCACAGCUUUCUGUGAUAACUGUUAGCAAUGAUAAAUAAAUGUGCCAAUUAAUAAUGCAUUAACUAUUUUAGUCUAAGAAUUUGCUUUGUGUAUAUCGUGCUUAUAGUAUUUUGUAAGAUAAUAAUAAUAGCUGCAAUUAUUAUUAUUGUUAUAAAAUAAAAACGGUCAAAGGCAUCAUCUGAAAUCUCUCAGUAUUAUACUCUAAAGUAGCAGGCUUAGUUUCACUACUAUCAAUAUGAAUUAAUGCUUAUGCUAGUUAGGCACAAUGACUUGGAAUAUCUCUGGUUGCCUUUGGAAUAGAACUCUUUGAAGAUUCUAGAAUGCAGCGGUAACAUAUCAUGCACCUGCACAGCUGUGUUAUUUUCUGAACCUCACAGAGGACCUGCACAGAGUGGCCCUUCACAUGUUGGCUGAUGGGGACUGAGGCCCCACUCUGGGAAGGAAGGGUUCAUCUCAACCUCGACUGAUCAGUCCUGGCUGCUUGUGUACCAUUCUUUUAUUUUUUUAAACUAUUUUUUUAGAGAGGACUAAAAUCUAAAUGAAAUACUGUACAUCACUCUAUUCUGUCUACUAAUGGUUCAGCAGGUGUGAAUCUGGAAGGGAUAUAUAUGUAUAUUAAAACAAAAAAAAAAAAAACAUUCAUUUUUCCGGUGGGUUUUUGAAGUUUAAUUUGAAGCAAUGAACAAAAAGGAAAACUUGGAAGCAAUGCAGGCUGGUGCUAGGAAAUGAUCAGAUCUCUCUCCUCCAUUUCAGAGCUCUGAGCAUGAUGCUAAAUUUCUCAGCUGGCUGAGUGUGCCCUUUCCAUUGUAGAUUUCACAGCACGUUACGUUGGUGUAUGUUGUGUGUCUGCGGCUUUGCUGCCGACUCAGUCACUCCCUGGCUGUCUGUAGGCCAGGGGAACCAGGUCAGGCCCUGAGUGGCCCUCAUGGAAACCGCAAAGUGGGGAAGAGGGGUGUGUGGGUGUGGCACAUAUCAAGGGUGACAGCACACCGUAGCUGUAGUACAUAGCUGCAUCGUUUUCCUUUAACAUUUUUUUUCUCUGGAUCUGAAUAUGAUCACAAUGACAUUUUCAGUGUACAGAGAGUCAGAGGAAUUCCUGAAUUUCAGCCCUUUUGUAUUUCUGGUGGGGUGUUUGUGAAGUGGAGGGGUAGGGUGGUAAAUGUUGCAAUGGUGCUGGAAAGAUGACAAGGUUGGGACAUUCAAGUUAAAAUGACCCCAGUGUUACUCACCACCCUCUUUAAAUUUAGCAGUGGAUGAAAUGAGUCAUUAUACAUUGAGAGCAAUAUCAGCAGUUUUGAGUUGGACUCUUAUUUUAAAUUUUAUUAUUUUUCUAACCAUAUGUGCAAUAUAUAUGUUUUGAUUAUGUACUAAAUAAGGUGGGUGUGUUUUUUGUUCAUCUCACAUUGCUUUGUUAUUUUUUCUUUUCCUUGUGUUCUGGAUCAUUUUCUCUCAGUGGCUUGCGUGUGGCCCUAUGAUAUUUGGGAACCUGCUUCCAGCAGAGAUGAGGAAUGUCAAAGAAAAAUAAUCUUGCAUGUAAUGUUAAUAUUGUGAGGCUAUUCUUCUACAUAUUGUAUAUUCACAAAAUAUAUCAGUGUUACUGUUGACUAUUGUUGAAGUUAAGUGAUAACAUAUUACAAUAUGUAGACUUUUCUUCAUACCACUGUGUACCAAUAGUAAAGGCUGUUAUCUAGGGUUGUUCCAGAAGAGAUUCAGUUAAAUAACAUUUCUUGUUUGUGUAAAUACUGAUAGGCAUAUAGUACCCACUGAAACACAGUGGUACAAAGAGGGAUGUAUGUAUGUACAUACUUUUAUAGGACUCUCUGCUCUUCUUUCAAUUUGUGCUGUGUUUAAUAAACAGAUAAGGGAUGGAGAUUUUUUUGUCUACAUGUGUUCUCAGCAAGGGUAACUGUAAUAUGACACCAUCAUAGAGAAGAGUUUCAUUCACCAUUCAGACAUGCCAAUGGAGUGUCUGAUUACACACAUAUGUAAUAAAAAUAUUGAUAAUAAAACCAGGCUAAAGCUGUACAAAUCCUGAGUGAGUUUGUGAUUUGUACAGUUACUGUAACCUCAAACACAGUCCUGUGUUCAGAUUCAAAUUCCCUGCCAUGUCAGAGUUUAAUGUCUGAAAUUUUCCAUCAGUAACACAUCCCUCAAAAAGAACUACAACUGAAUGCUGAAACAAAUCUUUUCUGGGACAACAAUAAUCAAACGAAUGUGUCUUUGUACAUUUGAUUUUACUUUUACUUUUUUAAGUUUAAUAACGAAUUAUAAGGCAAAUGUAAAAAGGAAAAAAAAUGUAAAAGUUGACCUACAUAUAAUGCACAUGUAUUGUAGCGCUUCAGCGAUGUUCACGGCCAGUCAGUCUGAGGAGAGAAAAAAAACGCCGCUCUGCAUGCAGCCAAUGCCUCUUGUUUCUUGUUAAUUGCGGGCUGAAGGAAACUUAGCCAGUGCAUUUUUUAAUUUCAUUUCUCCUUCAUUUUGAUUUUUCUCUUAAGUGAAACUCUUGAUGUUGACUUGCCGUUCCAUAUUUAAGCUGUGUGUUACUGCGGUCCAGCAUGCAUUUCAUUUCUGAAACUCAUUGUAAAGACACCAUUGCACUUCUGUCUCCGAGCCGCGGACUUGCAGUGUGUAAAUAACAGACAGAACUGGGGGACAGAAAGAAGACAUAUCUCAAGGAAUACAAAAGGGGAUGAGAAAAGGGAAAGGGAUGAGGGUGGGAGGGGUGAGAUGGGGCGAUGGGACUCACAGAAACGUCACUGGGGAUAAUAAACUGUAUAUAGUCUGUAUAUUAUUAGUACUCCAAUAUAAUGUCUGCAGUCACAUCAAGGGUGCAUUCCUAUCUCCUCCCUAGAAGAAAAAAAAUAACAUAUAGCUGCUUCUGCUUCCAACUGUAUUGAACUGUCAUAGGAUCUAGGUCUUAAAAACAGACUGUUACAUCAUUUUCACUGCUUCUCGUCUUCAUGUUGGGAUGCUUCUAUUCUCUGACUCGAGGCCCAUUUUGUAAUUAAAAAGGGAAGAGAGGAGUGCUUUCAUUUUAAUAUGCAUUUUGUUUGUAAGUAGAUAAGACCCUAUUGAUGUAAAACUAUAACUGUGACAAUGUUGAGAACGCGAAAUAAAACAAUA